AUGCCGUACACCGGUGGCGUUUUUGUGGGGAACGAAUUUCAGGCGGCGAAACUCGUGCGCUACAUGACUUCAAUGGACUAUUUUGUCAUGGCUUGUGAAAUCUUCUUCAUGCUGUUCAUCAUUUACUACAUUGUUGAAGAAUCCGAAUUCCUUUUUUGUUCCGUCUAUGGAAAGACAGUGAAAACUUCGUUUCACUUUCCCACUUUUCUCUUCUCCUCUCUGUACCGUCAGAUUCAAAAAAACAAAUGGAGAUACUUUCUGAAAUUCUGGAAUGUUUUGGAUAUUAUUGUGAUCAUUUGUUGCAUAUUUUGUAUCGCUCUGACCAUCUAUUGUCUCGUGACGGCGAACAACGUGAUUGACAGUCUGAUAUCGGAUUUGAAUUCGCAUCCACGUUUUGAUAUGCUGAGCUAUUGGUACGGACAUUAUGUACGCGCGGUGUCCAUGUGUGUGUUUCUUGCCGUUCUGAAGGUGUUCAAAUAUGUCAACUUUGAUCGUUCAUUGGGUCAAUUGACAAGGACCUUGGCGAUAGCGUUCUACGACUUGGUCGGAUUCAUGAUCAUGUUCUGCAUCGUUUAUUUCGCUUUCGCCCAGUUCAGUUAUUUGGCUUUCGGCUCCUCAACCGAUGGGUUUCAAUCUUUCACCCAGGCCUGCUAUUCGCUGUUCCGUAUCAUGGUCGGUGAUAUCAACUUCCCCGCACUACGCAAAGCCCAAUUCUUCUUGGGUCCGACAUUUUUUGUGCUGUACAUCUUUUUCGCCGUGUUCGUUCUGCUCAACAUGUUUCUGGCUAUCAUCAACGACGCCUAUUCGGCCGUGAAAGAGGACCUGGUGAAACAACGAACGCAACUCAAAUUGGGAUCUAUGGUGAAGAAGAGAGCUAAGGAAAUGUUGAAAAAAUUGAGGAAGAAGUCGAAGAAAUCGCUGGUACAGAUAUUACAUGAAUGUAACAUGUUUGACAGAGAGAUAAUCCCGUUUGAAGAAUUUCGACGCGUGUUGAAGAAAUAUGGGUUCGGUGAGGCAGAGAUCACAUCGACCUUCGUGAAGUAUGAUCGUGACGGAGACAAUUGUUUGAAUGUGAAAGAACAACGCCGUAUGGAGGAUGAAAUGGAGAUUGGGGUACGGAAAUCGAUGAAGAAUGUGGACGAAGAUGAAGGUCAUGGGACCGAUGAAGAGGGCGCUGAGAACGAUGAGGAAUUGGAUUAUGUGGAUCCAAUGGACUACAAAGAAAUGGUUGCGCGAGUGAACGCAGUGGAAGCCUCGUUACUGACCAUGUUAUCCCAUUCCGAUGAGUUGUUAGCCAUGUUGGAACAAGUGGAACAUGCCAAACGGGAACAUCGUCAGCGUUUAUUUGAAAUGUUGAACUCUGAGGUAACACUUUUCUAA